AUGGAUUUCAACAGCCUCAAGGACCAAGUGAGCAAUCUCACCCUCUACGACCUCAAAGCGAGUGUCCGUAAGGUCCAAAAUGCCGUCAUGAACUAUACAGAGAUGGAGGCAAAGGUCCGCGAGGCAACAAACAAUGAACCAUGGGGCGCAUCAUCAACCCAACUUCAGGAAAUCGCCAGCGGCACCUUCAACUACCAAUUGCUUAACGAAAUCAUGCCUAUGAUCUACAAACGUUUCACCGAGAAGGCCGCUGAGGAGUGGCGGCAAAUUUACAAGGCCCUCCAACUCCUCGAGUUCCUCAUCAAGAACGGCUCCGAAAGAGUCAUCGACGACGCACGCUCCCACGUCUCCCUCCUCAAAAUGCUCCGCCAAUUCCACUUCAUCGACCAGAACGGCAAGGAUCAAGGCAUCAACGUGCGGAACCGAGCCAAGGAACUCGCCGAGCUCCUCAGCGACGUCGACCGAAUUCGAGCCGAACGGAAGAAGGCGCGAGCAAAUCGUAACAAGUUCGGGGGUGUCGAGGGCGGCGCCGGCCUAGGAGGUGGCUUUUCCAGCGGCGGUGGUGGCGGUAGCGGCAGAUACGGAGGCUUUGGAAGCGAAAGUGCUGACUUCGGAGGUUACAGCGGUGGUGUAUAUGGUGACGGCGGCGGCUUUGGAGGCAAUACCAGCGACUAUCAAGAAUCUCAGGCCCGGAGGGAUCGCUUCGAGGAGUACGACGAGUAUGACGAGGGCGAGGUCUCUGCCCCCUCCCGACGAACACAACCCACAUCCUCCUCCAGUCAGGCGAAACGGGAAACGAAGAAAGAAGAGCCGCCGAAGCCCAAAGAGCCCGUUGCCGAUCUACUAGCAUGGGACGAUGAGCCAGCGCCGGCUUCCACCUCUGCUGGAAAGCAACCCGUUGCACCGAUCUCCAACGAUUUUGGCGAUGACGACGAUUUCGAUGACUUCCAGUCCGCCGCCCCAGCACCGGCUGCCCAGUCGAAACCGGCUGCAGCUCCUUUCAUGCCACCACCUGCAUCGACCUCGACCAUCUCCUCGUCCACCCAAUUCGCAGCACCGCAGCCGCAGUCCGCUGCUCAGAACAACAACCUGAACGACCUCUUCGCGACCGUCACUCCUACCCCUGCAGCUAGCAGCCUGGCAUCCCCUCCCGUGGCUACACCUGCAUCGACCACUUCCAGCUUCAAUCAACCUCCGCGACCUGCCGGCUACCAGGCAACGGGUCCCAACUACUUCACCUCUGUCAACAUCGGUCAGGGCCAAUCCGCGUCCUCCACCCCCUCAUCCGUACAGUCUCCCAGGAUUGGUGGCGGCAUUGGCGGAAACAAGCCUGCUGCCAAGUCAUCUGGUGGCGAUGCCUUCGCAUCUCUCCUAGCUGGCAGUGGACCGAAGAAGACUGGCACCCCGACCCAGAAAGUCACCAUGUCGGACAUGGCCAAGCAGAAGACCAGCCAGGGAUUGUGGGGGGCUUCAACGGCGAACAGUAGCACACCACCAGCGCAGAACCAGGGAGCAGGAUCCAAACCUGGCGGUGCCCUGGGUGACCUCCUCGGUUGAACAAUGGAGUUGCCCUCUUUCUUUGAAGAUUAUACGAGGAUCUGGAUUUGAUGUAUGCGGACUGGUUUUACAGCCUGGCGUCAGGAUCAAAAGACACUGGUUUUAUUUUUGCGCCCCUGUAGACUUUCGUCAUCUUGAACGUAACUAUGCGAGUGAUAGCGCUGAGGCAUCAAUUUGUGACACAAUGAAUCAUGGCACUGAGUGCGAUACCCUCAC